CCACGUCAAUGUUCUGUUUGACAGAUGUGCGUCUAUCACUCUAUCACAUCUCUGUCUCUGAUUUGCUGAUUUGCUAACCCACCCCCGGAGGAGAAAUCAAUAUGGCCCCCUAAUUCGGGACGGCGCAUCGCUGGACUAUCCUUACCCUCGUACAUCUUAUCGUCUCAUGUGUCUCGGCGUGGAUGGGCGUCUGCAGGGACCCAUUCAGGUAGGUCGUGUUUCUUCCUUAUUUAUGGCCGCUCCUCGACCACCGAUUGAUCCUCUGUUUGUCCAUAUCACGCAGGAGUUCUGGAGAUCUCGUUUUUCGUCUACCCAUCCCUUCUUUCCUUCGUCUCAUGUGCGGCUGUGCCAUACUACAUUUCCUCUGUCUCGACUGUUUCUUUCCUCGUUCCAACAACACUUCCACUUCAACAUCCACUUCCAACCCCAUCACCACCACCACCAUGGGUUCCGACAUCAAGCAAGCGUCCUUCUCGCCAGAGUACCAUGAGUCCUCCCAGUUCGACCACAACGAGAGGCACCCCGGCCCAUCCCGCGCCCUCGAAGCUGGCCGCAUGGGCCUCAGCAUCCUCGCCCUCGCCUCGGCCGUAGGAAUUCUGGCCAUAUCAGCACACAACCUCAAGAUCUACAACGACACUCACGUCUCGAACGAGUUCCUGCUGCCACUAUGGCCGUUCGAGUUCAACCUAGGCCCUAGCAUCGCCCUCGUCGUCUGCGGAACAAUCAUGAUCGUUGCGGCUACUGGGUCCCUCCUCGCCGGCAAGAUCCCAUCUUUCCGCUACAACACCUCCCUCCACACCCUCCUCACUCUCCUCUCCGCCUUCGCUGGCCUAGUCUCCGCCAUCGUCGCCACCUCCUUCUUCUACGGCAUCAACGCCUCCGAUGUCACCGCCACAAUCCAGAGCUGGUCCUGCCACUGGUCGGAUGUCGCCAUGAACUCCGAGCCGGACUUCCACCGCAUCUGCAAGCAGGCCGAGGCCGGUCUUUACUUGACUAUCCUGAUGAUCCCGCUGUUCGCGCUUAUUGGCGCCGUGGGAAUCAUGGCGGUCGUGCAGGAUAAGAAGGUCAACUUGAUGGCGGCGAGGAAGGGGAGUCCCGCGCUGUCUUGAAGAGGGGGGAAGAGAGUCACUGUUGAUAGUUUGACGGGUGAUGUGUGAUAGUCUGGUGGGUGGG